AUUGUUGGUUUUAUAUACGUACACAAUUUAAUAUCAAUAUUAAUAUUGAGCCCUUCAUUACAAAUGAUCACGUGACCGUUACAAUCUAAUAUUAAACAGUGUUGUGUACGACUACAAUAAUCACCAGGGCGUAUCUGAUCGGCGUCGUACAAAAGUUAAUAACAUCGGCGCGCUGUAUAUUUUCGUGUCCAUUAUACGAGUGCUACUAUUAUUGUGUGAUUAGUGUGUUUAUUGAAGCUAACUAAUCGAUACGUGCCGUGUGGUGGUGUCCAACGAGGGCCACGUCAGAGGUGGGCAUGGGUGUGACGCGACCUCGCGCCACCACCGCGCCACCACCGCGCCGCCAGCGCGCCGCCAGCGCCCAGCAGUUUCAUAUUGCGCGCCGCCUCCGCCACAGCGUCGACCACCGACGUGCUCGGGUGUGCUCGGGUGUGCUCCCUGCAUCCCUGCAUGAGUGUAAUGCACCACAGUUAACCACAGGCCUGUUAAAUUUUAUGUGUAGUACAAACUAAAGAAUGCAUUGAACAAUUACAACAAUUUAUUUACUUAUGUUGAAAUUUAGAAAUGUUAUUACUUUGUUCCACCUACGUACCAUAUGUAAACAUUCAGGAGUUCGAAUAAUGUAUUAGUUGUCGUUGUUACAGAACUGCUAGUAGUUUUACGAAGGCAUAAAAUAUGAAACUGUCGUCAUUUUUUAUUACAUUCUGUUGUAGAUAAUAUCCGUGGAUUUUUCAAUGUCUUUUAUAAUUGGCUUACAAAGUACAUAUUAAAAAAAAUAAAAAAAAAAAAAAAAUAAAAUUUUAUUAUGAGUUUUAUUAAAUGUGACCGUCUAUAUAGAUAGUUAUAAGACAUAUUCGAUUAUUUUAAAAUUGACCGGUUCUACAAAAUUUAGGUAUGGAGACGAUAAGUGAACCUAAAUUGUUACAAACUUUACGAGGACACCGCGGUGAAGUGACGUGCGUGGACGCGUUUGGAGCUUGGCUAGUAACAGGCAGCGGCGACAGGACACUGAGAUUAUGGCGGUGGGUCAUUGGCAGUGGUUGGGAGGAGCUGGCAACAGCGCGCGGUGCACACCGCUACGGCGUGACCGGGGUGCGUUGGUCAGACAGCGGCGCGCUCCUCGCCUCCAGCGGCGUGGACGGGGUUGUUCGCGUCUGGAGCGGACGCUCACUGGCGUCGCGUCGGACUUUGGCGGCGCCCAAUGCCACUGCAGCUCGCGCCCUGUGCUGGGCCGGCGGCGGGCGGCUGGUGGCUGGUCACGACGACGGCGCGCUUUGCGUAUGGCUCGUACCGCGCGGAGAUCUCAUCGCUCGUCUCGUCGCACAUCAGGGUUCAUUGCAAGCGAUAUCGAUACCGGCACGGCGUACACUUCUACUCACUGCAUGUACUGAGGGCGUUCUAAAAGUCUUCGACUUAAUCGAGAUUUGCAAAAGCGGUCUAACCGGUGAUGAUAGACCGACACCGGCACCUUUGACAUGGAUCGAUAGUGCUCACGACCUAGGCGUGCUGUGUGCGGAUGCUGCAGAAGAUAGUUGCCUCGCUGCCACCGGCGGGCACGACGCGUUAAUUAGGGUGUGGCGGGCUGUUCCAGGAGAAGAGGGUAGGAGAGCAGGAGGUAUGGAGGCAGCUGGUGUAUUGGAAGGGCACGCAGCCGCGGUGACGGCAUUACGAUGGGCGCAUGGAGGAGGGGAAGCUGACGAGCUAUUAGCUUCAUCAUCGUUGGAUCGUACGGCGAGACUGUGGGCUCCAGCUUCUGAAGCUUGCCUGCAUGUCGUACACGCUCAUCCACGAUAUCUUACGUGUAUUGCGCUCUCGUAUGAUUUACAAUACAUGGUAACAGGUUCAAAUGAUAAAUCAGUUCGCAUGUGGAGUUUGAGCAGAUUAACACUAGACGAUGAUUUGGAUCCGUCAUGUCCGACAUUAAUGCAUUUCGGACUAGGCGAUUUAGAGGGUAUAGAGCCCGUUGCUAGUGAUGAACUGGAUCUCGAAACAGAGAACGAACAAGGUUUAGAAGCGGAAGGUGGUAGAGCAUGUCGAGUGUGGCGCGAUACAGAGGCGCAUACGGGCGCUAUUAACUGCAUCACUACUCAUGGCGAUUUACUGGCUACAGCUUCUAGUGACGGCUUGGUGAAGAUAUUCCGGUGGUGCGAGCCGGGGCCAGAGGCGGGCGCGGCGGGCGAGCUGCGCGUGGAGCACGUGCUGGAGGCGCACCGCUACCCGGCGCUGGCGGUCGAGUUCGGCGCCGGCGGCGCGCUGCUGCUGUCCGCCGGCCUCGACGGGUACGCCGCGCUCUGGGACGUGCAGGUGGGGUGCCAGCUGCGGGCGCUGAGCGUGCCGGCGGGCGCGGGCGCGGAGGGCGAGGCGGGCGGCGGCGGCGUGCGCGGCGCGCGCGUGUCGCCGCACCGGCCGCCGCUGCUGCUGCUCGCCACCGACGACGGGCUCGCGCCGCUCUGGAGCCUCGCCGACCAAGAUCCCAAGCCGGCACAGUUAAUACACGUGUACGGCGGGCACGCGGAGGCGGUGACGUGCUGCGCGUGGUCGCGCGACGGCCGGCUGCUGGCGACGGGCGCGGCCAGCGGCGAGCUGCGCCUGCACGCGCCGCCGCCCGCGCCGCGCACCCUGCACCACGAGCCGCACGCGCACGAUCUCGGUGUUCAGAGCUGCGACUUCUCCUCGUCCGUAUCAAUGUUAGACUUGUCGAGUAGCGAGGACUCCUACCUCCUGGCAACCGGGGGCUGCGACUCUCUGAUCAAGUUGUGGAUCAUCGUACUGGAUCAGGACAUGGCGGGCGACCGUGCGAGCGUGAGACUGAUGCGUCAGUUCGAGGCUCAUGGCGGCGGCGUGACGUGCGUCCGCUGGGGGAGCGACGAGAGCAGUGCGCUGCUGGCGUCGGCGGGCGCGGACCGCUGGGCACGCGUGUGGCGCGCGGGCGGCGCGGGCGGCGUGCGCGCCAGCUGCGCCGUGCCGGCGGCGGGCGCGGCGGCGCGCGGCGCGCUGGCCGCGGCGCUGCUCGGCCGCGCGCUGCUCGCCGUCGGCUCGCUCGGCGGCGAGCUGGCGCUGUGGCGGCUCGCGCCCGACGACGACGCACUCGACGACGACGAGGGAGCGGCGCCUCGCUUUUGGGGCGAAGCAGGGGUCGCGCGCUGGCUGAGGGAGUACGUCACUAGGCCCGGUGAAUCCCACACCGAGCCUCGUGAAUUGGAAAAGAGACUCAUACAAAGAGUUCGAGUAGCAGCUGUAACAGGAACGAGUCUGCUAGAUGACAGUAUUGAAGACUUACUUGAUAAACUUGGUUAUGGUAAAAACGAAGAGGAUGAAGAUCAUCCAGAGAAAGAAGAUGAGGAUGAAAAGGCGACGAUUCGAGAGCGACUCGUGGACGAGAUUAAGUGGCUUCGUCGCGAUCCGCCACCCCCACUAUUGGCGGGCCGGGCGCCGCACGCGCUGCUGUGUCCGCUGUCGCACCGCCUGCUGCGCGAGCCGGCGCGCGCCGCCGACGGCUUCAGCUACGAGCGCGCCAAUAUACACGAGUGGUUUGUUGCAGCUGUACAUGUUUACAGAGGGGGCUGUAUCGCCGGUGUCAGGCCGCCGGUUGACCAACACACGCGUUAUGCCCAACUAUGCGCUGCGGAAUGCACUGAGGGACUUCUUGCAAGAACAUGGACAUUGGCUGCAGUAAAUCGCAGUGAUUUUGAAUUUUGCAUCCUUACUAAAUAUGACUUUGUUACAAUUACGUUCUCGAUUGUUGAUUUGAUACUUAUAAGGGCAAGAAAGUAGGAGAUUAAUAACAAACAAUGAUUCAACGAUUUUAUUUUUAAUUGUAUUACUUACAUUUAUUAUUUACAAGUGAGGCAGUAACAGUGUUAACGAACCAAACUUCAACUCGGAACCACUGUUCAGUAAUGAUUAUAGAUUAAAAUUAACAAACAAUUGCGCGGCCGGCGGUGUGCGCCCACGCUCCAAUUCAUUAAUAAAAGGAAACAGUAGUCACGUGGACGCACGACGUCGACCGCUCGUCGCUGCCGGCCCGCCUGCGACCGCAGUACGACCGCAGGCGGACCGCAGUACGACCGCAGGCGCACCGCAGUACGACCGCAGGCGGGCCGCAGUAUAACCGCAGGUGGACCGCGGCCCGACCGCUGCGCGACCGCGCCACGCAGUCCUCGUGGAGUCACCAUCGUCUGAACGCUACACCCGACGGCUGACGUGAAUGCAACACACACAUUCAGAGCUCGAAAUAAAUAUACUGUAUACUGCAAUAAACAAGGGUCCAAAUAUAGCCCUCUAUAUUUUUAUAAUUACUCGUUAUACUCGUUAGAAAAUAUUACCUAAAGCACCAUUGUAAUUAAUAAAGAUAUAUUGAAAUAUA